CCUAUCCAUCUUAUCACUCACACCGAAUUGAAGGGCAAUUAACGGGGAACUGUAAUAUAACAUACACAGGCUUGAUUAAUGGUGCGAAGAACCGACCCAAAGGAUGACGACUGGCAGUAUGUCAAAGAUGCGAAGAAGCGAAAGCAGAUACAGGAUCGAUUAGCACAGCGGGCAAGAAGGCAACGACUGCGCAAGGCCAAGCUCGAGUCAACGUCUCAGUCCCGCGACGAUCCCACAACACAAACAAGGACACCGAUUUCAUCCGAGUCCAACUCAUCAGCUGACGAACACCUGAGGGACACCGCCCAACUCCUCAUCUCAGAUAAUGAAGCCCUAUCACUGAUUGCUACCUCUUCCACGGACGUUGUCGAUCAAGCCCUCGAAAGCUGGGGCAUAAACCCGAGACCGGAGGAUUUAGUCUUAGAUAAUCCCAGUGCCGGCAUCCUGGAUCUCACCGACCCAUCAAAUCUAAGCACAAGUAUAUUUGCAAUGAUAUCACCGCUCGCCCAACCAAACCACCCCUUCACCGUCGUCUCCGCACUAUACAUCAAUGGAGAGAUUCUGGGUAUUCCAUGCAGUACAGCGUGCUCGUCUCGCACACCAGCACCAACUCCAUCCAUUCCACUGCCGCUUCAUCCUACGGAAACACAGCGCUUAAUAGUACAUCCACGCUGGGUUGAUAGGCUUCCGUUUCCUAAGAUGCGGGAUAAUCUGAUCACGCUUCAAGGUGUCCUGGAUGAGGAAGAUUUUAUACGGGAUAUUUUUACGAUGCCUAGCUGGACUAUUACCCCAGGGAGAGCAUGCUGGGAUCCGCGGGCGUGGAAGAUGGAGAAGGAGUGGGCUGGGAAAUGGGGGUGGUUGAUGUUUUGAGGCUGUAUGGCUUGAUGCUGAAGUCGCGAAUCCAAGUCGGUCGUAGAAGUCGAUGCAAUCUUCUUGUCGGCUUGCCGUCGUCUUGACUAGCCCAUAGGCGUGAACAGCACCUAUACUGCAUACUACUGAGCUCUAUUAAAAUCAAUGUUCAGUCUGCGUUCACGCCGCAAUACUCCGUCUCAUAUCCUGGAAACGCUGAAUCAGGAAGUGUAGGUAUAUGGCUGGUAGUGGUGGAGCUGGUACGAAAAUACCCGGCUGUUAAUGCAUUCGGGCAUGAUGUUGUGUUUGGAUGAGGCCAAGCAGGUAUGGUGACUGGUAUCUGAAACAAGCACAAAUCAUCUAUGGCUGUUUGGUAUAGAUCAAGCGGGCGGGGUCGUUGGCGUGGCGGUGCAGCUUGAAGUGACAGUGUCCAACGACUUAGAUGUUUGAAUGAGAGUUUGAUCUUGAUUCAUUUCACCCU